AUGCCUCCGUCUACUCAACAACCCAUCCUAGAUCAGUCAAUAAUCAAAGAUCUAUCCAACCACAUUUACGAAAAACGAAAAGCAACAGCUUUCCAAAUUGAGUCAAUAACCAAAUCAGCAUUGAGCCGUAAUGAUAGUCAAACAAUAUAUCGAAUCGUUCAUGAAUUGACCACAAUGACCAUGACAAGUGGGUCUAAUUCAGCCAAAAUGGGAGCAAUUACUGCAUUGGGAAGUGUUUCAGUAGCUGUUGGAUCAUUUGCAAUUGCUUAUUUUCUUGACGAUAUAAUUCGACCUAUAUUUGCCACGUUUCGCGAUACUGAUGCUCGAGUACGAUACUAUGCAUGUGAAUCGUUAUACAAUGUUGCCAAAAUUGCAAGAGGUGAGAUUUUGUUAUACAUUAAUGAGAUUUUUGAUGUGUUGUGUAUAUUAGUGAGUGAUGCUGAAAGUAGUGUCAAGAAUGCAGCUGAUAUCUUGGAUAGAUUGGUCAAAGAUAUCAUUAGUGCCAAAGCAACUAGCUAUGUGAGUAUAUUACAACAACAAAAUGAUUCACAAAACUUGCAAGGACAACAAGAUCAGGGGGAAUUGGCGUACGAAGAUUUGUUGAGGUCUCAAGGAAGUGAUGAAAUCGUUCAACUGAGCAACCCUCAAGAUCCAACAAAGGCAUUCCUGUUGCCAAAAUUUAUGCCAACUUUAUUAGAGAGAAUGUAUACUGUUGAUCCAUUUACAAAAAAGUUCCUACUCAGUUGGCUUGAGUUAUUUGAUGAUAUACCUAAUUUAGAAUUGAUUAGUUUCUUGCCUAGUUUUUUGAAACCGUUGGUGAGGUUUAUUUUGAAUAAUGCCCCAAGUGAUAUCAAAUUGGAGACUCAGAACUUAUUGAAUGUGUUUUUGAAUGAAAUUAAGGGAAUUUCGAGGGUCAAGAUUGAAUAUAAACGCAAGUUGAGAGAACAAGAGGAAAGGGAAGGGAAAGAGAAACAGGAGCAGCAAGAAAGGGAAGCGGAGAAAGAGAAAGAGAAGGAGAAGGAGAAGGAAAAGGACAAGGACAAGGACAAGGACAAGGACAAGGACAAGGGUAAGGAGGGGGAGGAUGAAGUAAAGAAAAUGUUGAAUGAGUUGGGAAAGACGAAAAAUGGGGGCAAGAAUAAAGGGGAAAGUGUCGAGGGGAAAAUGGCAGAGCCAAAUAAAGCGGAAAAGGAGCAGAAGGAUGCGGAAGUGAGUCAAGAUGAUACAGCAAGUAUUAAGUCUUAUGAUACAACAAUUAUUCACAAGAAAAAGGGAAGCUCCUCGAUUCAAGAUUCCACAGAACUAAAUCUGGAUCUUCCCGAGUUGAGGGAUGAAGACCAAGAACUGGAUGAAGUUACAUUUGGUCAGGAUAUCUAUAUUGAUUAUCUGAAAAUCAUUUCCAUCUUGGUUUCCUUUUUACGUGAAUUUGAAAAACAGGAGACUGUAGCCAAAAACGAUUUACUUAUUGAUUCAAGGGAAACUUAUUGUGAUGUACAAUUUAUCACUUUGAAGUGGCUACAAGCUUUGGUUGAUGUAUCACCACAAGAUGUACUUAAUGCUAUGCCUGAAUGUGUUUCAGUCAUAUUGAAAAACAUCACCGUGACUGAUCAAACUCAAGAUCUUGAAUUGCAGAACCAACUAAUUAAUGUUAGCUUCAGCUUGCAGGCAUUUUUAAGCAAAGUAUACGAAAAUGUGUCCUCAUUUGAGUUAUUUGGAGUCAAUGUGGAAAGUUUGGUCAAUUUUAAUUCAACUCAAUUACCGCAAACACUAUCAGCGAUUAUAAAUGAGUAUUUGAAGCCAUUUUCUUCAUCGGCGAUAACAACAAAUGUGGCGAUAAACACCACUAUUGAUAGCGAGUUAUCGCGAAUCACUUCGUUAGAAUGGCUUAUUUUCAUCUAUGAGCAUAACCCUGAUGAUUUUUUGAAAUUCUUCCAAUCAACAGAGAAGUUUGAGUUGACAAAUUUACUCAAGUACGAUUCAAGUAAUGAAGUUAUUCUCAAAGUUUUGCAAUUGUUGGCAAAAAUCUCAGAAUCAAAUCCCGAGUUUUUCAAAGAUUUCAUCAUCAAGUUACUCAAAUUGAUUCAAUUGGAGGGAUAUGAGAAAUCAAUCAAGGUUGAAUUCAUCAUUAGGAAGUUGUGUCUCUGUUUGGAUUCGGAGAUUAUAUUCACUACGUUGUCUGAAGUAUUACAACAACACUACCAUCAACAACCACCACAGAAAGCGAAUCAAAAGACACAACCAGAUCAAAACAACCGUCAAAUUCGUCAUAGUAGUGACAAACAUGCCAAACAUGAUUUAGAAGUACAAGACCAAUCUAAUUUGGAAUUUGCCAAUGUAUUAGUUGUCACUUUGAACAAUAUUCUCCUCACAUCAAGUGAAUUGUCACCCUUCAGAAAAAAAUUGAAAAACUUGGAUUUGUCAUCACUGAAGGAUUGGUCACUAUUUGCUACAUUAUUCAAAAGUUGGUGUUUCAAUCCUCCUAGUGCCAUUGCUCUUUGCUUACUAACAUCAAAUUAUGAAUUGUCAUAUCUCAUAAUCAAAAAUUUGUCCGAAUUGGAAGUCACAUCUCAACUACUAACCCAAUUGGAUGUACUUAUUCAGCUUUUGGAACUGCCGAUUUUCAUCAAAUUGAGAUUGCAAUUACUUGAGCCAGAGAAUUAUCCAUUUUUGUACAAGACCCUAUAUGGAAUAUUGAUGAUUUUACCACAAUCAAGUACAUUUAUGACAUUGAGGAAUCGAUUGACUGUUUGUGGGGUACAAGGGGUUUCAAGUGGUGGCGGUGCUAGUGCUAGUGGAAGUUCUGAAACCAAAGGUGAAUUGUCAUUGCGCAAAAAGAGGAUCAAUGAAUUGUUGGAAAGGUUUAGAGAGAUCAAUAAGAUUUAG